CGAACGUUUAUUUGUUCAAAAUGUUUUUUCAGUCUUUCUGGUGUUAUAAAAUAGCCUAUUACCUAUUUGAAUUUUUUUAGAUUUAUUUUUGGUUGGUCUUUGUUGGUUGCUUUCAUCUAUGAAUAUCUGGCAACCAUGUUCCUGGAUCAAGUCUCGUGAGAACGGGAAGUCAUGCACACAUUUGAUUCUACAAUUUACACACUAUUCAUUUUAUUUAUUUACUCUAAUUCUCUCUCUUUCUUAAUUUAUCAUGAGUGUACAUAGAUUAAUAAUCACUUUUGAACAACAUUUAAUUCUUUAAACACAGACUUUAAAUGAUAACUACGCCCUCUCAUGGUACGCACAGUGCAGCGCCCCUGGGGUGUGGGGCGGCGCAUCUACACUAAUGUAUCUGUGACACAGGAAAACAAUCGCGCUUAUGAGACACACUGAAAGGUUGUGAAAAUGGAUUCUUUGUCAGCAGCAAACACACAAUUCUCUCUCAAUCUGUUCAAGAAGAUCAGUGAGAAGAACACAAGAGCAAAUGUCUUCUACUCUCCUCUCAGCAUCUCUUCUGCUCUGGCUAUGGUGUCACUCGGUGCCAAAGGAAACACACAAGAUCAGAUGUUAAAGGUUCUGUGUCUUAACAAAGAGGAGGAUCAUCAUUCCAGCUUCAAUAAGCUCAUGAGUGACUUGAACAAACCUGGAGACUCGUGUAUAUUGAGUCUUGCCAAUCGUCUCUAUGGAGAGAAAUCCUACCAGUUCAUUGAUAAAUACAUCAGUGACUCACAGAAAUACUAUCAGGCUGGACUGGAGUCUGUGGACUUUAAAACAAAUGCAGAAGCUGAACGAGUCAACAUCAACAACUGGGUGGAGAAACAGACGCAAGGGAAAAUCAAUGACUUGCUGGCAAAGGGGAUCGUCAAUGAUCAAACGCGUUUGGUUUUGAUAAAUGCAAUCUACCUGAAGGCCGAUUGGGCAAGAAAAUUCACACCUGAAUGGCAUGGCACUAAAGAGAAGCAGUUUAGGUUGAACAAGAAUGAAACUAAGCCGGUGAAGAUGAUGAACCAGAAGUCACACUUUCCUCUUACCUUCAUCUCAGAGGUGAACAGUCAGAUCGUGGAGCUGCCGUAUGUCGGGAAGAAUCUGAGUAUGCUGAUCAUCCUUCCUAAAGAGAUUGAAGACGACACCACUGGCCUUCAGAAGCUGGAGAAAACACUGACCUAUGAGAAGCUCAUGGACUGGACCAAACCUGAAAAGAUGAGUGAAGUCAGAGUUGACUUAUCUCUUCCCAAAUUCAGGUUGGAGGAAACAUACGACGUGAAAAGUCUGCUGAAGAGUCUAGGAAUGGUCGAUGCUUUUGAGAUGGGGACGGCAAAUUUUUCAGGCAUCUCCACCAACAGUGAUCUGAUGCUGUCUGAUGUGAUUCAUAAAUCUUUUAUUGAUGUUAAUGAGGACGGAACAGAAGCAGCAGCAGCAGCUACUGGUUCAGUCUCUCAGGUCCUAUGUGGUUAUAUUAAUGUAGCAGUCUUCAAUGCCGAUCACCCGUUCCUGUUCUUCAUCAGACACAAUCCCACCAACAGCAUUCUGUUUUACGGACGCUUCUGUUCUCCAUGAGUUCCUGCUGAGACAACCUUCUGAAAGCUUGAACAAGUUACUGUUAUGUAAUGAAAUCUUUUAGGUUACAUGUGCAUAUAUGAUGUAGUCUGGAGUCAAUAAAGGUUGAAUGAAGUGAAAA